UGGGCUGGUUCGACCUGAACAUGAACACAACUUGCGUUUUCCAGUAAGGAAACCGCAAGACAUUUUACUUUCAUUUUGGAUCGCAGGGCAGUUUUAUCGUCUUUCUUCGCGUAAUUUUUCCAGUGUACGGAGAUUUACUGAAGGUAAAAUAAUGAGGGCAUAUAUCUGCGCAUUUCUCAUCGGUUUGCUGUGUCUCCCCGUCCCUUCGAUGGCGAAAAAAUCUCCACCCAAGGUUCAGGUGUACAGCCGCAUACCGGGAGAACUGGGGAACGCCAACACCUUAAUUUGUCAUGCGAGCGGCUUCCACCCACCUGAAAUCACUAUUGAACUGCUCAGGAAUGGAAAGGAGAUGGUUGGAGCCAAUCAGACUGACCUGGCCUUCGAGGAGAACUGGCACUACCACCUGACCAAACAUGUGCCAUUCAUUCCCAGCAAAGGAGAGCAGUUUGCCUGCAGAGUAACUCACAUGGGAGAGCCCAAGAUAUUUAUUUGGGAACCAGAUAUGUAAGAUCUGUUCUUCAUCUUGCUUUCGGUCUGCUUCGCCUCAAAAAACGAGAAGACUGGAAUGUAAUUCCAAAGGGCUAAGCGUCAGAAAAUACGGAAAAGAUUGCACUUAGAUUGUGUGUUUUUGUAACAGAAAUUCCAGCUAGCACUAAAGCAUCAUUAAGUGAUUGUUGAACACAAAAAUAGAGAAAGACUAAAAAACUUCCAAUAAAAUUCAACUUCCAGAUUACUUGGGUUUGGUAUAAAAAUGGUGUUAAAAAUCACCCAGCUAGACUGCUCACCCCCCUCAAGCACUAACUAUUUAUUGCAUUGUAUUAACCCUGGUACAUGUGUUUUAUUGUUGCUGUUAGUUAGCACCACAAAGUGGAUCAGUUUUUGAAACAACCACAAACCACUGUGGUUGUCACAUCAAGGACAAGGAACAACCUCAUCACACCCAUCACACUGCGACUUGAUCUCAUUAUUUCUCAGAUGCAACUUACCCUCAGUGUCUCACUGAAGGUAAGUGGAAUAUUGCAGCUAACAGUGGCUUAACAUGUUUACAAUGCAAUUAGCUUUUUCUCCUUUUUUGCCAUUUAUUUGGAAAAGUGGCCCUUGACUUAAGGAAUUUGGUCCUGCCAACCUCUCUGUCUCCCAUUGUUAUAUCAAACCAAUUUCUCUGUUAUUGACUGCAAGAAUCAACACAAAGGUCUUCACUGAUGAAAUUCGUUAGUUUUGUGCCUCAGAUAGUUUUAGCGUGUCACCCAGGGGCGAUGUGGGACUUCUUGCUUUUUGUGUGUUUAAACUGCAGUCCAAAACACAAAGCAGCAUACACAUUAUCACUGUGUCAUCUGAUUUAAUAUUCAUGUAAAUAUAUUGCUUCGUGGAGCUUUAAGAUGAUCAACUACACUGAUUUUUGGAAAUGUAAAUGCUUGUAUUCUUUGUGUGUUUGAUGUUUAAUCUGUAAAGGUUAAAGAACCUCAUCUUAACAGUCCUCAGUUGAUUAAAUAUAAAUUAAAAUGUUCAUUAAUUCUCCAUUUGAUUAAUGAUAAAGACAAACAAGAAUGUGGCAACUAUAGGCCUGUCAGUGUUCUAAAUCUGAAUUACAAAUUAUUUACAUCUAUUUUAGCUCGUAGAUUGGAUUAAAAACCCAUGAUUAAAAAAAAUAUUUUUUAAUUUUUAUCACGGAGAAUGACAGCAAAACCUGAGCACUUGCUUCUGUAAAUGUAUUUUAUAUAAUAUGGCCUUAUUUGAAACUCUUCAAAUUAAAUUAUUUUUGAAAUUCA